AUGCCGAUUUCUCUUGUAGACCAUAACGGCCGACACGUCAGCAUGCGCUGCAUCUCCGAUCCCACACCACUUCCAACACCGCUCGCCAUCACCGUCGUCGACCACUACCUUCCUCACGACACCCACAACACUUACGCCAUCACCCUCGAUUCAACCGUCACCAUUCAAACCCUCCUUACCUCAUGCCCUUCCCUAGUCGAAUCUUGGAUCCUCGAAACCCAAACCCUCUCCCUCCCUUCCCCAACCACCAUCGGCCUCGACAUCGAGUGGCGCCCAAACUCCCAACGCGGCCAGUCAAACCCCGCCGCUACACUCCAGCUCUGCGUCAACAACCGCUGCCUCAUUUUCCAGAUCAUCCAUUCCCCUCAUAUUCCAACCUCCCUCUUAACCUUCAUGGCAAACCCUAACAACAGAUUCGUCGGCGUCGGAAUCGAAGCCGACGUCGAGAAGCUUAUAGAAGAUUACAACAUCUCUGUUGCGAACUAUGUUGAUCUGCGAAACCUUGCUGCUGAGGUGUUGGAAGAUCGCGCUAUGUUGAUGUUUGGGAUCAAGAAAUUGGCGGAACGUGUUCUUGGGAAGAUUGUUGAGAAACCGCAGAGGAUUACGAGGAGUAGAUGGGAUAAUCCGUGGCUGAAUGUAGAUCAGGUUAAGUAUGCUGCCAUUGAUGCGUAUAUAUCGUUUGAGAUUGGGCGUCGUCUAUACUCUAAUCAGGUUAUUGAAUGA